ACAUCUGCACGAGCUCAGUCCCCACCCCAUGUGAUCACAUGUGUUGCAUCUCGAUUGUGCUCGUAGGCACGGGACAAGGUGACGCGGUCGUCAGUGGCGGACAAGGACUCAGGGAAGAGCGUGCGAACGAGGUCAGGGACGUUCCUAGUCAGUACACAUGCAGCCUACCCGCCCUCUCCCCAUUCCCCCCAGGCACGAGACAAGGUGACGCGGUCGUCCGUGGCGGACAACAACAGCGGGAAGAGUGUGCUGAGUGAGAUCCGCACGAGCUCAGGGACGUUCCUCAACAAGUACCAGGACGAGGUGGUGAAGCGCAUCGAGGAGCGCAUCGCCGCCUGGACCUUCCUCCCAAAGAGCACGGCGAGGCGAUUCAGAUCCUCAAGUACGAGAUCGGGCAGAAGUACGACGCCCACUACGACUAUUUCUUUGACGCGGUCAACACGCAGAUGGGUGGUCACAGGGUGGCCACCGUGCUCAUGUAUCUGACCUCUGUGGACGAAGGGGGCGAGACGGUGUUCCCCAAUGCAAAGCCCAAGCCUCCUUUGGAUGCCUCAUUGACUGACUGCGCAAACAGAGGACUGGCAGUCAAGCCCCAGAAGGGCGACGCGCUGCUCUUCUACUCCCUGCACCCGGACGGCACGACGGACCAGACAUCAUUGCAUGCCAGCUGUCCUGUGAUUCGCGGCGAGAAGUGGUCGGCAACGAAGUGGAUCCACGUGCGCUCCUUCGAGGCGCGGCCCCUCGCGCAGGGGUGCGAGGAUUUGAACCCGAAAUGCGAGGAGUGGGCGGUGCUUGGGGAGUGUAAGAAGAAUCCCGCGUAUAUGCUCGGGGAUGGGGCGUACACUGGGAAUUGCAGAAAAGCUUGCAAGGCGUGCUGAAAAUACUUUUUGGGCCUGCAAGGCAAGCCUUCUGUAUUUCAUGGGUACAAUCUUGCCUUUAUCCUCUUCGCUGUGAAAGAAUAAGAGGAUGAGGGCAAGGCAUUUUAGGUGAAAUGAGCUAAGAUUGGAGGACAUUAUUGAUGAGGAAACGAAGCAUGAAAGGGAGGCCUGGUGCUAU